GAAGGAUGUCCAUGGGCUCACCAAGCCCACGCUCACCUAUAUGGUCUCCAGGACUGUGAUUUUUUUGUUUUUUUUUCCUUGAAUGUGAAUGCCCUAGAGAAAUCCCAAGCUCAGGGUCCGGAGUCCAGCCUAGGGGUGGUAUGGAGAAGUUCCCAUUUCUACCAAACAUUGAAAUAGGUUGAAAAGUUGUUCUAUACACGUGAGCCAACAUGAGCAAAUACUUGAGAUGAGACUGAGAUGGGAGUAUAAAGAAACUUCAGGUCAUGCAGGCAUGGUAGCACACACCUGUAAUCCAACAGUUGGGGAGGCUGAGGCAAGAGGAUUGCUGCAAGUUUAAGGCUAGUAUGGGCUAUGUCAUUUCAAGUCCAUCCAGAACUAUAUAGCAAGGACCACCCCCACCCCCACCCCCAAACAACCUGAAGAAGCUGCGGGUCUCUGCUAUGUCUGUCAGGAGUCAAGGGCAGAGAAGCAAAAGUCAGGCCUGAAAUGGCUGGCAGAGGAACAGAACCUCUAUUCCAAGGAAUUGGGAAGUGUGGAGCAGAAGAGGGAGGUAAUCUGACCCAGGUUUUAUCAGCCUCUUUCUAGAUGCCAGGUGGAGAGCUGACUGGGCUUGCUAAAAUUUAUUGAGGUGUAAUGGAGGCAAAGGGACCAAAAAGAAAAGUUACUAAUUUAUUUCAGGUAAAUGGUGACAACAAAUGGGCCAGAGGGACGGCUAUGUAGACAGGAGAAGUGAUUGGAUUGAAAUUUCUAGUGUGAGACAGAAAAACAAUGCACUGAGGUUUUUAGACUUAUCAGUGAGAAGGAUAGGAGCUCCAUAUCUGAGAUCAGCAAGUCAGUGUUGGACGUAUCUUUCACUGUGGAUAUCAGGCUUUUAUUUCUGGCCAUGUGAAGAGUCUGAGAGGAUCCAGAGAACACUGAGUGGAGUUACCAAGUAGACCGGUGGGCUCGCAGAACUGGAGCUGUACACAGGAGUCCGUGGUGGAGACAGAAAGUUAGAUGAUGAUGGAGAGACUGGGGUUUAGGGUAGAGAAUUACAUCACAAUGGUAGUACAGUUAGUGAGCUAGAAAGGUGAGGAUGGAAGCUACUAACUGGGUGGAAGGAUGGAGUUUUGGAACAGGUGUGAUCCAAAGAAUGAUAUACACAUGGACAAGUAUAGACUGAUAGGCCCUGGGCCUUUGUACUAAGCCUAAGAGAGCAAGAUGAGCUCAAGGUUGGCUGACAAGAAUGACCUUAGCAACCCCAGAGGAAUUACCUGGCAGAAGGUAGAGCCAUGCCCAGAAUUUAAAUGGUCCUCUUCUGCCCAGCUGCCUAUUGUUACUAUGGGUGGACAUGAUUAGUAGGACUGAGAAAAGAGCAGACACCAGUGUCACCUGGUUGUUAUUUCCUCUGAGUUGAAGAGUUAGGGGCAGGUGAACUUUGAGGAUGUGUUCGUGUGCUUCUCCCAGGAGGAGUGGGAACUCCUUGAUGAGGCUCAGAGGUUCCUGUACCAAGAUGUGAUGCUGGAGAACUUUGCUCUUACGGCCUCACUGGGUUAUUGGCAUGGGGUGGAGGAUGAGGAGAUUCCUCGUGAGCAGAGUACUUCUACAGAAGGAGCGUCACAGAUCCGGAGUCCUAGGGGAAGCCCUUCUAUCCAGAAGGCCCACUCCUGCAAGAUGUAUAGCCUGGUAUUGAAAGACAUUUUACACUUUGCUGAAUACCAGGAAGCACACGCUUGGCAGAUACCAUACACGGGUGUAGUGUAUGGGAGACAGUUCCAAUUCAGUGCAAAUCUUCACCAGCACCAGAAGCAGCAUGGUGAAGAGAAAUCCUUUAGGAGGGAGGAAGGCAAGACUUUUCUUCAGAACAGCUGUCCUGUACGGCCCUCACCAAUGCCUUUUAUAACAGGGAAGAGCUGUAAGGACUCAUCAAGCAGCUCAAGUGUUUUCCAGCACCAGGCCCCUCACAAUAGGUGGAACCCACAUGGCGGCGGCACCAGGGAAGAUGCCUUUCUCAGUGGCCGAAGGCAGUACAAGUGCAGUGAAUGUGGGAAGGCCUUCAGCCGCAAAGACUCACUUGUUCAGCACCAGAGAGUCCACACUGGAGAACGGCCGUACGAGUGCGGUGAAUGUGGGAAAACCUUCAGCCGCAAACCCAUACUUGCUCAGCACCAAAGGAUCCACACUGGUGAAAUGCCUUAUGAGUGUGGCAUUUGUGGAAAGGUUUUUAAUCAUAGCUCUAACCUUAUUGUACAUCAGAGAGUCCACACUGGAGCAAGGCCAUAUAAAUGCAGUGAGUGUGGGAAAGCCUACAGCCACAAAUCCACUCUUGUUCAGCAUGAGAGUGUACACACUGGAGAAAAGCCUUACGAGUGCAGUGAAUGUGGGAAAUACUUUGGUCACAAGUACAGACUCAUUAAACAUUGGAGUGUUCACACUGGAACAAGACCUUACGAGUGCAUUGCAUGUGGGAAGUUCUUCAGCCAAAGCUCUGAUCUUAUUGCACACCAAAGGGUUCACAAUGGUGAAAAGCCAUAUGUGUGCGGUGAAUGUGGGAAAGCCUUUAGCCAUAAGCAUGUACUUGUUCAGCACCAUAGGAUUCACACUGGAGAAAGACCAUACAAGUGCAGUGAAUGUGGAAAAGCCUUCAGGCAAAGAGCUUCCCUCAUCCGGCACUGGAAAGUUCACACUGCAGAAAGGCCUUAGGUUGGCGGGAACUGUACCAUCUCCUUAUUCACCGUGAUGACCAACGCCAGAGUAGAGUUCAAUAGUUGUAUACAGCUGUCAGCCAGAAAUGGAGCUCACGUAUGUGAACACCAGCACUGAGGAAAUCUUGAGUGCCACCUACAGGUGAAGCUUCCUGGGGUCGUGCUAUAUUUUCUGACCUAGAACCCUUGCCAAAAUUCUCUAACUGCCAUUGCCUCUGACAGAGUCACCUUCUUUGCACUAGCAGAGUCCUGCCUGGUGCACAUCGGUGUGCUUUGAAAGGCACACCUCUGUGUUCUCUUCCUUGAAAUCAUUAGGAGCCCAAGCCCAUCAAAUACUUUUCUUUUCUACCCCACCCAAGUUGGCUUAAGCAUAGGUAUGAUCCAAUUUUGGCCAAGAGGAUUCUGUGUCUGCUUAUUUCCCUUCUGCAGGGACAUUGCUGAUCUCUACACUCAUGAUAGGAUGUCUAUCCUCCAAGGUACCUAAUCCAAAACUGCCUGCCCCAUCUUGUUCUGGUGUUGUGACAAAUGCUUUAAUUUUUAUAUUCCUUGUAACUCUAAUAUUCUUUUCUCUGUAUAGGUUGGGUUGGAGACAGAAUUGGGCUCCAUAAACGUGAAGGGAUAACUUUGUAAGCUGUGUGUGUGUCUAAGAGGUGAUAGGAUGGCAAAACAUAGCUCUCAUGCAGUGUCAGCCCAACAUGCAUUGCUGCAUAAGAGCUUCUAACAAUACUGAUUGUAAUGGGCCCAUUCUUGGCAUCUGUAUGACAAAAUCAUUUGUGUGAUCGAGGUCACCCUGAUCAGUGGACAUUUGUUGUGACACUAGUGUGUCUCGGGAGAGAUUGAAUUGAGUUCCUUACUUUCAGAGAGUAUUUUAUUUCCCAAAUCUUUUGAGAAGAGCGUGACCCUUUGGAAUCUGAAGUUUAUCAUUUGGUAGGCAAAUAUCCUUGGACCAGGUCAAAAUCAUAAUUGGUACAGGGACACUGAUAGGGAGUUGGAGACUGCAGCAGACUACAAGGAAUCUGACCCUCCUAAGAAUGAGUCCACCUUAGCUGGGCAAAAUGAGACACUCCUGAAGGCCAUCUACUCAGGAGGCUAAGACAGAUCCCUUGAACCCAGGAGUUCUUGUCUCAAUAAAUAUGUAUCAACAUGUGUUCCAUCACUACGGCAUUUUUUUUUUUAAUAUGGAGGAUCGAACUCAGGCCCUUACGAGGCAGGUGGUGGAAACAGCCAAUUCCCCAGUCCCCUAGGGCUUUAUUUUGAGGAUUUACAGAAAAAUCUAAGGACUUGCCUGUAUUUAUUUUCUGCAACACACUGCACAUAUUAGUAGUGUGUAGUUUCAUAACUUGGUGCACAUUUUGCACUAAUGAAUUCAAAAGUUACCUGAUUCCCUUUAUAGUCUCCUGUCACCAGACAACUGAUUUGCUGCCACUGGAUUUUAUAAAUACGGAAUAAUGCAACAUACACUCAAGUGUAACUGGUUUAAUUCUUCAUAAUGACUUUGAUUCAUUCACAUUGUUCUAAGUCUCAGUAAUUUGCUCUUUUGUUAAUAUUUCACUGAGGACAAUUAGUUCCAAAACAAGUGAUCUAGAGAGAACUCACAGAGGAGCCGAGCCAAGCCAAUGGACCUGCUAGGGAGCAUUUCUGAUAACCUGUAGGUCAUGUGGACUCAUUCUGAUAAAGGGUGGGAGGGAACUGCAUGAAGGUGUUAAUACAAGAUAGAAAUUUAUGGGGACUUUUUCUUAGAUACUGGUAAUCAUAAUACUGUAUGUGUUUUUCUUUACUCUUAGUGGCAAAUUAAAUUGACUGAUUUUCCAGUGUUAUACCAACCCUGCAUUUCUGAGGAAAUGUCUAUUUGGUAAUGAUGUAUUAUUCUUUUUAGGUAUUGCUGGUAAGUGUUGAAUUUAAUUUGGUUAUUUUCUUUUAAAAUGUUUGCAUCUGUAUUCAUGGGGGAUGUUAGUUGCUAAUUUUCUUUAAUGUGGUUUGGUUUUGGUAUUCUGUGCAAUGUUAUCUUUAUAAAUUGGGAGAUAUUCCUUACUUUGAAUUUAUGGAAAUGUUGAUAAUUCUUCCUUAAAUGUUUGGUAGAAUUCAGUAGUGAGACUGUAUGAGUUUGUUUUGUGGGGAAGUUUUUAAGUACAAGUUUAAUGCCCAUGAUAGAGGGCUAUACAAGUUAUGAAUAUAUGAACAUAUUUACACGUUUCAGGUGCAGAAUUGAAUUUUUUAAACUUAUAAAUUUGCACAAUAUAUAUGUCCCCCAAUAGAAUGAACUUUGAUAGAUUCUUUUAUGUUUUCAAAAUAUUAAAUUAUUAGGAGUAUGUAAUAUCUGUACUGAUGCCCACUCUUAUUCCUGAUACUGUUUUUUUGUUUGUUUGUUUGCCUGUUUUACUUGUUUGUUUUUGGUACUGGGGAUCGAACUC